CGGCGGCUCGGGCGGGAGGGAGGCGGGAGGCGGGAGGCGGGCGCUGCGCGAGCUAUGUGUGAGCGGGCGGCGCGCCUCUGCAGGGCCGGCGCGCACAGACUGCUCCGGGAGCCGCCGCCGCAGGGCCGGGCACUGGGGGGGCUGCUCCGUUGGGUGGGAGCCAGAAUGGGCGAACCCCGGGAGCCGCUGGCCGAUGGGCAGGCGGCCAGGACUGGCCUUGGGCUCUGUCCCACCCCACCUCCGCCCCCAUCUCCGCCCCGGAGGGGCACCUCGGUCAUCCUGGACAUUUUCCGCCGGGCUGACAAGAAUGAUGAUGGGAAGCUGUCCUUGGAAGAGUUCCAGUUGUUUUUUUCAGAUGGUGUCCUUAAUGAAGAAGAACUUGAGAAGCUCUUUCACACAAUUGACUCCGACAAUACCAACCAUGUGGACACCAAAGAGCUGUGUGAUUAUUUCGUGGACCAUAUGGGAGACUAUGAGGAUGUCCUAGCCUCCCUGGAGACCCUGAACCACUCGGUCCUGAAGGCUAUGGGCUACACCAAGAAGGUCUAUGAGGGGGGAUCCAAUGUGGACCAGUUUGUGACCCGCUUCCUUCUCAAGGAGACAGCCAAUCAGAUCCAGUCCCUGCUGAGCUCUGUUGAAAGUGCUGUGGAAGCCAUCGAAGAGCAGACCAGCCAGAUACGGCAGAACCCCGGCAAGACCAGCCAAGGGAUGGUAGAUCAAUGGUAUGGCAACCCAGCUCCCCGCUAUACCCCCAACCACAGACUCUCCUCCGCUGAGCCAGGGAAGAGCCUCCCAUCUGGUUCUCCAGACACCAAGGAGGAGGGGCUGGAAGCACAGAUCAGCCGCUUAGCUGAGCUGAUAGAGAGGCUGGAGAACAAGACCCUGUGGUUUGAUCUGCAUCAGCGUCUCUCAGAUGGAAAUAGUAUGACUUGCACCUAUUUGCUGUUGGUGAGACAAGAGAUGGUGGUAUCAAGGGAGCAUCUUGGGGAGUUCCUGAGCUCCCUGAGACAGUACCUGAGGAGCACAGCCGAAGAUAGUCACUGUUUUCACAUCACUGCCGUGAGACUUGCUGAUGGCUUCACUUUCGUUGUCUAUGAGUUUUGGGAGACUGAGGAGGAGUGGAAGAGGCACCUGCAAAAUUCCGUCUGCAAAGCCUUCCGGCAUGUGAAGGUCGAUACGCUGACCCAGCCUGAAGCUGUCUCCAGCAUCCCAGUGCCAGCUGCUUGGUGCACUCUGAAUCAAGACUGACGCGACCUUCCGAAAGAGCGCUGCGAACGAACGUCGGGCCAGGGACUUGGCCGCUCGCUCGUUAGGAAGAACUGUGUCUUUUCUAAGAACUUUGUUACAAGUGCUGUCUUUUCAAUACACUUCUAAACGGGAAUGUAUUUUCUGGUUGUUUGGAACGAAGGAAAAAAAUCCUUCCCCACGCCUGACCCGUCCCCAUCCUGGCCCCUGGGGGGGGCUCCCCCUCUCCCUCUGUAGCCGUCAGAGUAUUGGAGGCUGUUUCCUGGAAGCCCUGCCCCAGCUUGGGACCUGGAAGGAGGCAGAACCCACCAGGAUCAUUCUAGAUCACGCCAGAAGCACAAUCCUCCCCCUGACGGACGGUCCGCCUCUCUGAGCAGCCGCCACUGGCCCCAUUCCAAAGCCGCUCCAUCCCACUCAGCCCCACAAAGUCCGGGCGCUCUCCAGCUUCCCUUAGCCGCCACCCAGCCUCCUCGCUUUCUCUCUCUUCUGCUGUCUGCCCAGGCUUCCAGAGCCCCUCCAUGCCCAGGACUCAUUUCCUUCCCAAAAACCAUGCAUGAUCGAUCACUCGGCCUUCUAUGUGCUUUCCCAGGCUGCCCUCCCAGCCUCCGCUCCCUUGCUGACGUCCUUUGUGCUCAUCCCCCUUUGGUAUCUGAGACUAAAGCGGGGACGUGGCUCCGUCGGGCUGCUAACUAGCUCUUCUCUGCCUUUUGGGUAGUCCUGGUAGAUGUUCCUCUUCCUCCCUUAGGAGCCUCGAGCCUCUAGAAUUAAACUGUAGAACUUUGCAGAUGUCAGUACAAGUAUUUUAGCCAAUGUCACCAGUUUGCUAUUAGGAGAUAUAGAGAAAAAAUAUAUAAACACAUAUGAGUGAGAAUAAACUCCCAUUGAGGAUCA